UCUAGACCUGAACGAUGAAGUCGCCAUAUCCGGCUUUGUUGGUUCCUAUUAUGAGCUCGACCUUCAUUUGUUGUCUUCAUAAUCUGACCGGGACCGGGCGUGCCACUCCCAUGCCCACUAGUAGUCUCGUCUACGUUUUCCUAAUUCAGCUAUUAUUAUGUUUCUCUCUUACUGAAGUGCUGCAUGGCUUCCCCCCGGGAUAAAAAUCUUCUUUGAUACGUCCGAUUACUGAG